AUGGAACCUACUUUUCAACUACUUCGAUUACCCGAGAAUGUCAUUAUCGGAGUGAUCAAGAACUUUCCUUUGAAUCAAUUAUUUGAAUUCUCCUUCGUUUCGUCGAAAACUAAGAAUCUGGUGUCAUCAUUAGAAUUAGAAGCAAGUCAUGUUAACAUCCUCAUUUUGCGCGUUAUUAGGGUAGUUGUGUACAUUGGAGAAAACUAUUUGGAUCUGUAUUUCUAUACCGAUUUGAGCAAUCAGAACGCGGUCGCAGAUAUAACUCUUCCAGUUGCUGCUCAUUUCAAUUUUCAAGGCACAAGAAUUCAAUCAUCAAUUUUAUUCAAUUUCAGCAAUUGGUUGAAUCACAUUCAGUCAGUGUUUUGUUUUACUAAGCCACUAAAUACAUUUUUUUAUCAAGGCUGUGAGCGAUUCCAAGUUCAAUCGUUGAAGGAUGCAAUUGGAAAUGUCAACGUUCUCUCUGUGUCUAAUCUAUUGGCCAACGUUCUGAGCAGGGAAGUUUUGAAACAUUUCAAUACUCCCAACGUAUUAUUUCUGGACGAUAAUCCAUUUGAAGAUACUUGUCAGAUUCAACAAAUCUUCAUUCAAAACUUCGAAACUAUCUCAUCUCGUAACUUCUUUUCGUUGGAUGAUAUGUUACUGGUCAAUAGUGUAAGAGCCGAUCUCUGCCAUCCAAUAUCCCAGAAACAAUUCAAUCAAUUCUUCAAACACUGGAUCCGUGGAUCUAAUCCAAGACUACAAGACAUGUUUCUAACAAUCGACAAAACCGAUUUUGCCAGUGGAGUAGUGUAUUUGAAUGGGAUUCAGUUCAUGGAAAUGAGCGAAGAUGCGAAAAAAGAAAUCCGUCGAAAGCACAGGCUGAUAGUUAAUGGCGAUAUGAUUCAGAUCAGACGGAAGGAUGGGACACCUGCAGUGAUUGGUACCGAAGAUUCAGUAGAUAUUCUCUAUGUUCAUUUAAUUGUGUUGUACUAA